GACAGAGACAAGGAAGGAGGGGAGAAAGCUCACAAAGAUGGAACUACUCUGCUAUAGCCUCCUGACAAAACACUGAGCUGAAAGAUGAACAAGGUGUACAUACAUGCUUUGUCCUUUUUUGUUGUCUUGCAGAUUCCUGGCUCUCUUCUAGAUGGAAAGCGCAGUGGACUUAAAGGAUAACUUUCGCCACAUUGCUGCUGGAAUGAGCUCUGUGGUUGUAAGGUACAGACAGGCAACACCUGGGCUGACUGAUCUGAAGCUUUUUGGAUCUCAGCGUCAGCUGGGCUUGAUCUCUCCUUGCUGACUGAGCAGCUGCUGCUGAUUGCUGCUCUUAAUUUCCACAUAUCUAGGCUACCCACACCCGAACCUCUGCAUUGUUGGAUUGAGCUAUUUUAGUCUUCCCAGGCUGCACUAUUGUCUUUGGAAGAGGCAUCUUUUGGAGAAGGGUGCCUUCUUUUAUUGUGGAUGUGUAUUCCUGUGACCAGCACUGGUCUGUCUUCUUCACCUGCUGAGAGCCUCAGGAAGCCACCUGCCGCACUUCUGGAAUGGUGUGACCUGCAGCCAGCUGUUGGCCAUCCCACAUUUGGGUUAAGAUGCCGGUGAUGAAGGGCCUCCUGGCCCCCCAGAACACCUUUUUGGAUACCAUUGCGACACGCUUCGAUGGCACCCACAGUAAUUUCCUGUUGGGCAACGCCCAGGGCCACCGUGGCUACCCCAUCGUCUACUGCUCGGAUGGCUUCUGUGAACUGACGGGCUUCACGAGAACUGAGGUGAUGCAGAAAAACUGCACCUGCCGCUUCCUGUACGGGGCUGACACCAGUGAGCAUGUGGCCCAGCAGGUAGCGAAGGCUCUGGAGGGCAGAGAAGAGUAUCAAGCUGAGGUCCACUUCUACAAGAAGAAUGGUGCAGCCUUCUGGUGUCUGUUAGACAUCGUUCCCAUCAAGAAUGAGAAGGGUGAAAUGGUUCUCUUCCUCUUCUCAUUCAAGGACAUCACUGACACCCAUGGAAAGAGCCAGCUCAACAGCAAGAAGGAGGUUUCAGAGGACAACAAGAGGUGCAGGAUUAAGAGCAGCUCUCACUUCAGUGAAGCCAGGAGGCAUGGGCGCACCAUGUUGUUCCAUCUGACCAGCCAGUUCUCAAGAGGAGGCAAAGGAGAGGUCAGCCUGGGUGGUAACAUAAUUGACAAGCCUACGGUACCAGAGUACAAGGUAGAAACAGUACAGAAGUCACGCUUCAUUUUGCUUCACUACAGUUCAUCCAAAGCACUGUGGGACUGGCUCAUUCUUGUGGCGACCUUCUAUGUGGCUGUCACCGUGCCCUACAGCGUCAGCUUCAUGCCGUAUGAUCACACCAUCACAGCAGCACGCUUCACCUUCAUCAGCGAUGUUGUAGUGGAAAUGCUCUUUAUUGUAGACAUUGUCCUAAACUUCCGAACCACCUAUGUGAACAAAUCAGGUCAGGUGGUGUAUGAGCCGCGUAGCAUCUGCAUUCACUACGCCACCACCUGGUUUGUUGUGGAUCUAGUGGCUGUUCUGCCCUUUGACCUGUUGUAUGCCCUCAACAUCCCAGUGACCUCCUAUGUUCACCUGCUAAAGACAAUACGCCUGCUGCGCCUCCUGCGGCUGCUUCAGAAGCUGGAUCGUUACUCCCAGUACACCGCUGUAGUCCUGACCUUACUCAUGUCUGUGUUCGCCCUACUGGCACACUGGAUGGCCUGCAUCUGGUACAUGAUUGGACGCAGUGACAUGGAGUCUGAUCGGACCUGGAACAUUGGGUGGCUCCACGAACUGGGCAAACGUCAGGACACGCCCUACAUCAACAGCACUCUGGGUGGCCCAUCACUGCACAGCUCCUACAUCGCUGCCCUCUACUUUACCCUCAGCAGCCUGACCAGUGUGGGCUUUGGCAAUGUUUGUGCCAACACUGAUGCUGAGAAGAUCUUUUCCAUCUGUAUCAUGCUCAUUGGCGCACUGAUGCACGGCUUGGUCUUCGGUAAUGUGACAGCCAUCAUCCAACGUAUGUAUUCACGUCGCUCUUUCUAUCACACACGGAUGAAGGACCUGAAGGAGUUCAUCCGUGUCCACUGUCUGCCCCAGCAGCUCAAACAGCGUGUGCUGGAGUACUUCCAGACCACAUGGUCUAUGAACAAUGGUAUAGAUGCCAACGAGCUCCUGCGUGACUUCCCCGAUGAGCUGCGGGCCGACAUCGCCAUGCACCUGCAUAAGGAAAUCCUCCAGCUGCCGAUUUUUAAUGGGGCCAGCCGUGGCUGCCUGCGCUCACUCUCCCUCAACAUAAAAACCUCCUUCUGUGUCCCUGGGGAGUAUUUGAUCCGUCAGGGUGAUGCGCUGCCUGCCAACUACUUUGUCUGCUCUGGAUCCCUGGAGGUGCUGAAAGACGAUAUGGUGCUGGCCAUAUUAGGCAAAGGGGACUUGAUUGGGUGUGACCUUCCUGAAACAAACCAGGUGAUAAAGACCAAUGCUGAUGUGAAGGCCCUGACCUAUUGUGACCUGCAGUAUAUCAGUGUGCGUAGCCUGAAAGAGGUGCUUGAACUCUACCCUGAAUAUGCCAGUGUGUACGUCUCUGACAUCAACAACAGCCUCACCUACAACCUGCGUGAAGGCAGCCAGAACGAGGACACUUACCUGAACUACAACCUGCGUGAGGGCAGCCAGGAUGAGGGACUCAACAGGUUUUCAAGGUCACCCAGGCUUUCCCAUGAAAGCAAGCUCCCAUAUAUUGUGGAGACCAAGGUGGAUGAGCCAGACAACUUAUCCCACCUUUCUCCAGCUACACGCUCCCGUCGCAACCUCCUGCUGCCCAGCUUCAGCAACCCUGUUCGCCGCACUUCCCUGGGGAACCUCCUUGGGGAUGAGCUGCGGCAGUUCAACGCCCUGCGACGCUGCCGCUCACCAAACCUCAGCCGUGGCUUCCAUGGGCAUAGCUCCUCCCCGCGGCCGCCAACAAGACUAGAGCACAGUUCGUCAGCCCCACCCUCAGAGUCAGUCCAGGGAGAGUCCGGGGCUAAGCAAAAGCCUUCACAGCUGCUUAUCCCAACAAUCGCCUGCUUUGGACCCCCAGACCUUAGUCCCAGGGUUGUGGAUGGCAUCGAAGACAAUGGGCAAAGGUUUCACUUCAACAUAGAGCACAUUGGGCCUAAAGCCAGUACAGGAGGCAGCACCCAAGACUACACACAAGCUACCGCCUCUCUGCUGCUGGAGACGGAGGAGGUUAGGCAGAGCGUCAGCCAGCUCAGCCAAAAGAUGGGCACAUUAAGCCAGGAAGUAUCUGAGCUCACCAAGGGCUUGCACCACAUGAUGCAUCUCCUCCAGGCCCACAUAUCUCUGCAUCAAUACAAAGCGUCCUGCUCUUAUAGCAUGCAAAUGUCAUCCAGCCCUCCCACUGGCCCCAACACUGACAUGUCAUUCAACCUAGCUUCAACCUGCCACCUGUUUAAAGAUCCUGGGAGCUAUCAAGAGUCUGGUCAUCAAAGUGCCCCACCUGCUGGCCACUGCAACUACAGUAGAGCUGCUGAAACCCAAACUGAAAACCACCUCUGGCCCUGGUCCUCUAGCCCACCUGUUAACUCCAGCCUACCACAGUCUGUAAACUCUGCACCCAGGUUAGGCUCAUGUCAUAGCUCUGAGACCCUGACCACACUCAUGUGGGCCAGCCCAUCUCUUCCCAGUGAUAGUGAUGAAUAUUCUUGCCUUUUGUCUAGUGCCCCUACAGUUACGUCCACACACAGCCUGAUGGACCUGUCACCAUCCUCUCACCCCAAUCUCUGCUUGGCCUCUGAGUCUCAUCGCAGCUUAUCACAAACCUCACAUGAGGACAUAGGUGUUCUGAAAUCCACUCUGACAUCUCAUACUCUGGCCCAGGACCCCUCCACCUUCCUAAUCGAGGACCCACACCCUUCUAUCCACCAUGUCUCUGCCUCUCUACCUACAUUGCUCAGCCACCCUCCUGAAUCCUCUCUGGUUUCACGGUCACCACGAUCAGAUGCUCUGGAGCCCCUUCUCCCACUGGGCGACCCACCUGUCAUACAACACCCCAGUCUGGAGUGCCUCCUGGAGAACGGGAGCUCUGUGGAGAGCAGGGACAGCGAAAGCAUGUCAUCACAAAGGUCCAGCAGCGACUUCCAAACUGCGAGCACAGAGCAGUCGUGGUGUCUGGACCUUACAGAUUAGACUAAAAAUUUCAGGUGCAGAGUCAUUGACUUUACUGUCAGUUUCACUUCACUUUACAGUGCUUCUAUGCAAAGCAUGUCAUUUGUGCAUUAUCUUGGAUUUACUGAAGUGAUAUUUAAAAAACCCACAGUAAUGGGUUCCAGUAUAUUCUUAAUAUUUUUUUCUAAUAUCCUCAAACCAAGUUGCAGUUGAUACCUGUUACCUCCUUGCAUGGUAAAGCUGUUCUUUUUCCUAAGGAAAAGGUUUCCAAAUUAAUGUGUAAGCAUUCUACAUGAUAAGCUAUUGACUUUGUACACAGACACAGUUAUUUAUAUGACAGAUCGGUGUGUCUGGAUGUUUUAAUAUACCAAGGUACAAAAAUAACAAAGACUUCAUCUUGCAUAUAGGGAAUAUAGUAGGUGAAUCACAGUAUAGAUUGAUUGUUGUUUUAAAUUGAAUGUUUUUUCACUUAAGGACCUUUUCUUUGUGGGUUAAUAGAAUUUUCAAACAAUGAAUAUGUAGUAUACAAAUGUCACUAAUACAUAGUAUUGAUCCUUCAGGAGAUUUAUGAUUUUAUUUCCUCACCAAGGCAAUAAAUAUUUUGCUGUGAAAUUGA